AUGCUCCUUUUCAAUUCGCCCUACAGUUGGUCCUUAUUCUCUCCUGUUGGUGGAAAGCCGUUCAAGGAUAGCAAAGAUUACGUUCAUUUGGAUGACAACUAUCUCUAUCAUAAAGACGGCACGGAUUUCGAUAGAAAUACAGAGCAGAAAACUGGACAAAGUGCAGAGGACGACGACAACGAUGAUGACGAUCCGCUGGGUGCGAAGAAAGACGUAGUGAACGUACACAUUUCAAGCGCUUUUUCUAACAAACAAAGCUUCUCUUGCCCUCUGGCGAAGCCUUUGCUGCAUACUGGAGGAACUUUGGCCGAUCUUUCACCGGAAGACAUCGAUAUUGUUGCAGCUAUGGGCGAUGCACUUCCUGCAGGUAGAGGCCUGUGGGAAGUAGUUGACGUGGAGUUCCGUGGGGCUUCAUUUCCAAUUGGCGGCGAUGCAAACAUUGAUGGACUGAUUACAUUUCCAAAUAUUUUACUGGAGUUCAAUGAACGCUUGGAAGGGAUUUCUCAUGGAAUGGGACGACGAGAUCGGAUGCCAGACUAUCAGUUGAACGUUGCGCAGUCUGAGACUGAGACCGAGGAUUUGCCGGAACAGGCUGUCGAGUUGGUGCGUCGCCUGCAUUCGCUGAUGUCUUUGCACGAACUCCGGCGGAAAUGGACGCUUGUAACAAUUGCCACUGGGACUGAAGAGUUCUGCAACCGAUGCGACACGCCUAGCCAUUCUUCAAUUCGUCGAGCGCUUGGGAUCCUUCGCAAAGGCAUACCGAAGGCGUUUGUCGUGCUUCUAGGACCAGUGCACGUUGCUUCUUCAUAUAAAUUGGAUAUGAAUAUAUUGGGAGUGCUGAAGUCACCUUUGAAAUCAACUAUUUGUCGUUUGGUUCAAAGGCAUCACCCCUGGGGUGAUGCAUGUUUCACGUUGGUGCCUAUACGGGGAUGCCCGUACUUUCGCACUGUGCAGAAUAUGGAGCAUUGUACAGUACUGUUAGAAUCCGAAUAUCAACGAAAUCACGCCACGACAGUCAGACCUGUUAACGGAACAGUUAAGAUUCCACACCGUGUAGUGGUUCGUAACAACUUGGUGGAAAUUAUCGCUCUUGUUGUGUUUCUCUGCAUGAUAUCUGUCAGCGUUCUCGGCACCAUCUUUUACUGUCACGGUCGAAAAGCAACUAUUGGGAGGUUCGAGGUUGUUCCGGAGGAGAGCAGUAACGUCACUCGAUAG